AACAAAUCUUCCCAUUUUACAAACGAGUUUGUGGUCUUAUUUAUUUUAAUUAUUUUAUUAACUUAAAAAAAUAAAAAAUAAUUAAUUAAUUAAAUUGCUUAUUUUUAAAAAAAGUAAAAAUGGUUGAUGGUGAGUUUUACGUGUGUGCUACUGGAUCAAUUGAGUAUGGAGAAUUUUACGAAAUUGAUAACGCGUAUUGUAAGUACGGUUAUCACUAUGGAUCAGAAUGGAAUAUUGUCGGAGGUAUUGAAGAAGGAUUGACGCAAAUGAGUAAGUGCAGUAAUGAUGCAAGACGUUUAACUUCAUGGAAUUUUCCUUUGGAUGUUACUUUUAAAUCUACAACACCCUAUGGCUGGCCACAAUUGGUAAUUUCAGUUUAUGGUUUCGAUUUUUUUGGGCAUGACGUAAUAAGAGGAUAUGGAGUUUGUCAUAUACCUUUUACAUCAGGACGUCACGAAUCUAGAAUUCCAAUAUACGUACCCGAGUCCUCAUCGAUGCUACAUCAUUUUGCAGCAUGGAUUACUGGAAAACGUCCCGAAUUAAUUGAGCCGUCUAUUCUAGCAUCAGGUUCUGGUCGAGAAUUAACUCGGAUGAAAGUUCAGGGGGCGAUCACUGCAUCCUUCAAUGUUGUCUUAAAAGAUUUUCAUAAAUUAGGAUACGACAAUAAUGAUAAGGGUAAAAAAAAAAAAUUGUAAAUAAUAAAAAAAAUAUAUUUUUACUCUGUACUCAAUUUAUUUAUUUUUUACACAAUAAUUUUUACUUAAAAUUGUAUUUUGUUCUAUUUUUUGAAUGUACUGUUAACAAUAAAAAAAAAAAAUUACAUAAAUUAACAAUUAUAUAUUAUUUCGAUUUACUUUGAUGAUUUAAAUAUAAAAUAAAUUACGAGUAGUGGAAAACUUUAUAACAUUUUCUCGUGAGUUAAAAUGUAAAUGAGUGACUGAAUGGACUUUAGGUUCGUUACAUUCGUAUAUAAUCUAAUGGAAUAAAAUUUUCGUUGAGAAAAGCAUUGAAGUGUAAAAUUAAAAUAAGUAUAUUAAUUAAUUUAUAAACAGAAACGAAAAAAAAAUUAUUAGAAUAUAUAAUUAACAAUUGAAUUUUUACUUAAC